AAACUAUCAAUCAUUGUGAUGUUUAUAAUUCACCUUUCACUAAUCAAGUCAAAGAAGAUUUUAUGAUGAGAUUUCUUAAUCAUGAUCAUUUAUCAAAAUUUUUCAAUCAUUAUGAUAUUAGUCAUAAAUAUGAGAUUUAUCUUUGUGAACAUAAAAAUAUCCCAGUUUAUAGAAAAAACA